AUGAGUGAAGAUAUAGAUACUGAAGCUAUAGAUGAUGAUGAUGAUGAUGAUGAUGAUGAUACAAAUGAUGAAGAAACAUAUGAAGAAUUGUAUGAAGCCAUAUACAUGUAUAUGAUGGCAAUUCAUGCUUUAAUGCACGUGGCUUUGAACUCAAUAGCACCUGAUUUGAUGGCUAAACCAACCUCAAGUGUGCCUGCAAAAAUAAGGGAAAGCACAAGAUUUUAUCCUUACUUCAAGGAUUGCAUUGGAGCUAUUGAUGGUACACAUAUUCCUGCAUUGGUAAGAGGACGAGAUGUAAGCAGUUAUCGUGAUCGUCGUGGAAGGAUAUCACAAAAUGUAUUAGCUGCUUGUAAUUUUGAUUUGGAGUUCAUGUACGUUCUCAGCGGGUGGGAGGGUUCAGCCCAUGAUUCCAAGUUGCUAAAUGAUGCUUUGAAAAAAUAUUUUCUGGUGGAUUGCGGAUUUGCUAAUCGACGCAAAUUUUUAGCUCCACAUCGAGGUGUGCGAUAUCAUCUACAAGAUUUUGCAAGUUACGAUAAUGACCCUGAAAAUGAAAAGGAGUUAUUCAAUCUUCGGCAUGCGUCUUUAAGGAAUGUGGUUGAGAGAAUAUUUGGUAUUUUUAAAUCGCGUUUCACAAUUUUUAAGUGAACACCUCCAUUUUUUAAGACACAAGCAGAACUUGUGUUGGCAUGUGCAACACUUCAUAACUUUCUUCGCAAAGAAUGUCGUUCCGAUGAAUUUCCAGUUGAACCUUCUAACGAGUCUUCAUCUUCAACUUCAAUGUUACCUAUUCAUGAAGACAAUAAUGAUGAACUCAAUGUUCAAACACAAGAGCAAGAACAAGAAGAUGCUAAUAUAUGGAGGACUAAUAUAGGUUUAGAUAUGUGGAGAGAUGUACAAGGAAUACCGUGAUACUACUCUAAACGGUGAUUCAGUGAAUCACAUUUCCCUUUUCAUAUUGGGAGAUGCUAAUAUCU